AUGGCCGUCAUAAGACAGAUGAUGCCAGACGCCUGGUCAUUCCCCAAGAUUCAUCAAUUCAUUUACCCUUAUGGCCGCACAAAGCCCGCCAAGCCUACCAUUCCGGUCACACCUUCUUUACCUAUAACUUCCACAAGCAACCCAAUAGAGGGGACCUACAUGAGCGAGGCUACUCGGCAAAUCAUAAGUCUGUCUCAUGCAGUUGGACAAGAUGAGGUCACACGAGAGAAGCUUCUCCACGCCUUGAAGUUCUCAGGCGGAGAAUGGUGCAAAGAUGCCAUUCCUCAGAAGCUGGACCGCUCCGCCUGGGUCUCCGACGUCAGCAACGACCACUCACCUUAUGAGUACUCAUUAGCUCUGUGUCAGAAGACCGGAGCAUCUGAGCUGCGUUUCCUGAUCGAGGCCCAGCCCGAAGAAAACAGUCUAUCCGCCCUCCAAGAGUCAACAUCACGCUUGACCAACGACAUCGCAACAGAAUACGGCCCUGCAAAGGUCUCACUCGACCGCUUGAACCUCAUCCAGGACCUCUUCGUCCCCUCAGAUCCUUCAAGUAUGCUGGCCACAUGGCACAGCUUCGCUACAUCAAAGACCCUAGAAAAGUGGAAGAUGUACCUGAACCCACUAGCCUCGGGGAGGAAAAACACCUUCAACGUGACCCGACAAGCCUUGGAGCGCUUGGGGCUCGCCGAAUCAUGGAAGCUAUUGGAAAACAUGAUGACCGGCGAUGACUACCCUAUCUACUUCGCGCUAGGCUUGUCGCCGAACCCGGAAGAUGCCGAGGUCAAGGUUUACGUUGCGCACCCCGGCGCAUCUGCGGCGGAAAUCGCGCAAAAGCACGUCCAGAUGGAACCCAAUUCCGAUGUCGAUGCGAUCAUGCAGUUUUAUUCUACAAUGGGCGGCGGCACGCUUGGGCCGUACCGUGGAAAGCCCGGUCUAUCUUGUUUCCACUUCAAGAACAAGGAUCCGUCGAGGCCUGCGGCCCGUACCGUUUUAUACCCGAUGGACAACUAUGCUAAAAGUGAUGCCGAAGCACAAGAACGUAUUGAGAGGUACAUGGAUGCCAUUUCUGCGCCCCAGCUUUACCGUGAGAGAUAUCGAAAUGCUAUCAACACUGUGAAGCGCCGGCCGUUGGAGGCUGGUCGUGGUAUUCAUAGCUGGGUGAGCAUGAAAGAGAAGCUGGAUGGCAAGCGAUCCAAUACAUUUUAUCUCUCGGCUGAGCUCUAUGGGUGUCUUUUAUAA